CGCUGCUGUGUUAUGAGAGCAUUGCAGGUCUGUCGCUGCUGCAGAUGGAAGGGCGAAACGCAGUGGCAGUGUCUACACGCAACUCCGUCCUUACUUAAUCUAUGCGCACUUCUGACAACUGGGACUGUUUGCGGGAUCGGGAAGCAACUUGAGAAAACCAGCAACAAGUUUUCUAACAUUUGUUGAGCAUUGCAUUCAUUGAUUCAGUUAAUGGCUGCAUGCUUUUGCUGUCUUGGGGUAGAGUAAUUUAUUUGAGAAAAUCAAAAAUCAGUCCAGUAGAUCUCUAUUCUAUUUAGAGUGUUUUGAAUUGACAGGAUUCAGACCGUUGGUUUCACCGGCGAUAUUAGUUUAAUUAGUUUACAAGUCAUUUCGGUAGAUAGCCUAUUUAUCACAACUUUGGCUGCUAUAACUGACUUGUCAUUUAAACCACAGUAAAGCAAACGGUGUGCACUUUCUAUACAAUAUUAUCUCCGUUUUGAAUUUCUUUAAUUAUCUUGCUCAUUGCCAUCGCAUUCAAGAUGAUGAAUGCUAUGGUCAUUCUUGCGGAAUUCUUCGUGGUCAUCUUGAAAGUACUCUGGGCUUUUAUCACCGCCGGGGCGAAAUGGGUGGUGCGGCCGAAGGAGAAGAGUGUAGCGGGACAGGUGUGUGUGAUCACCGGGGCUGGAAGCGGCCUCGGCCGGCUGUUCGCCAAGGAGUUCGCUCGAAGACGGGCUGUACUGGUGCUAUGGGACAUCAACAGCCAAAGCAACGAGGAGACCGCGGAGUUGGUGAGGGAAAUCUACCGGGAGCUGGACAGUGAAACCCCGAUGUCCAAAGACGGAGCAGUCGGAGGGCUAGAGGAGGUUCUUCCGUUCCAGCCGCAGGUGUACACGUAUGUGUGUGACGUGGGCAAGCGGGAGAGUGUGUACUCCACGGCGGAGAAGGUGCGUCGGGAGGUGGGAAACGUGGACAUGUUGAUAAACAACGCCGGCGUGGUCUCCGGUCACCAUCUCCUGGAGUGUCCUGACGAGCUGAUCGAACGCACCAUGGUGGUCAACUGCCACGCACACUUCUGGACCACCAAGGCAUUCCUUCCCAAGAUGUUGGAGCUGAACCACGGCCACAUUGUGACGGUUGCCAGCUCUCUGGGGCUAUUCAGCACAGCUGGCGUGGAGGAUUACUGCGCCAGUAAGUUUGGGGCCAUCGGCUUCCACGAGUCGCUGAGCCACGAGAUCAAGGCUUCUGAUAAGGACGGCAUUAAGAUGACGCUGGUCUGCCCCUACCUGGUGGACACGGGCAUGUUCAAAGGCUGCAGGAUAAGGAAAGAAAUUGAGCCCUUCCUGCCUCCCCUGAAGCCAGAGUUCUGUGUAACGCAGUCUAUGAGGGCCAUUCUCACCGAUCAGGCUAUGAUCUGCACGCCACGCAUUGUAUACAUGGUCAACUUCAUGAAAAGCAUCCUGCCCUUCGAGGCCAUCGUGUGUAUGUACCGGUUCCUGGGUGCUGAUAAGUGCAUGUACCCCUUCCUAGCCCAGAGGAAGGAGCUGAUGAACAACAACGAGGCCAAGGGGGACAUCUAGGGGGCGCUGUCGCCGCGGGGUGGGGGCCCAUAACCUGGAGGCACAAGGAUAAGACCACUGAGGAAGAAGAGGGGGAUUUAAAAAGAAGAGUAUUCAAAAAGACUGAAUCUAGACUGGUGAACUUGCAUUGAGCAGACACAAAGGUUGACCGUAUUGUUCCUCUGGAACGAGGCCAGCUGUGUACUACACAUGAUUUAUUCCUCUUCAUUUUUUUUCAUAUUGUAUUUUUUUGUCGUAAAAAAAAAAAAAAAAAAAAGUUUUUUUUUUCUUCUAAGGUUUGUUUAAAGAAACCGACCAUCUAUAUACUGUGUCGAUAGUUUUUUUUUUUUUUAUCAUACGAGAAAAAAAAAGGUAUUAACUAUUUACGUAAUGUAGCCACCAUCUUUUUAUUUAGUAUCUUUGUGGAAAUAUACAGUAUGUUACUGUACAGUAAAAUCUUGUCACUUUUAGUUUCUUUUUUUAUUUGUAGACAUGCACUGUAAUACUGUCUGUCUCUGUAGAAACGGUUCAACGUGGCAUUUCAUCACCCAGACUUAGGGUUGCACAUUUCCGGUAACUUUCUGAAAAUUCCCAGGUUUUCUGAAAAUCCUGGUUAAAAGAUUCCCAGAAUCAAGAUGGGGGGGGGUGGGGGGGUGGAAGCAGGAAAUCCUGAAUCCUCCAACCAGGAUUUCUGGACAACCUGUGAAUUUUGAGAAACACUACCCAGCAACCCCUGAGGCUCGGUCUAACCAAUCACGACACGAUGCUCCAAAUGGUUAUCCAAUCAUACUGUAGCGAUCUUAGCUUGCCUUAUGCAUUUUAAUUCCGCAGAUAACAUGAAGAUAUUCUGAUUAUUCCAUUUAUUUCAAACAGUUCCUCUGGACCUUUUACAACGUUCCACUUUUUAUUAGUAUCUUUCUUUGUCACCAUGGAAAUCUAAAAGGAAAUCACUCACUUCACGUUAUCCUUUUGUAGAAAUGAUUUCUAUUCAGCUUUCCAACUAAAUACUCUUUCCCUCCUGCCCAUUGAGCAAAACUGGUUGAAAGAUGUCCUUUUCAACGUCAAAAAUGGUCGAAACAACAUCUUUUCAACCAGUUUUGCUCACCGAGUGAGGCCUUUCCAAGUAGGGUGCAGCAUUUCAGAACAUCCAGGUACGAGCGUGUAUAGGAGGGAUAUGGCUCUCUUAUCAAGUGGAAGUCAGUUGUAUGUAUCCUGGUUAUUCCCUCCUGAUUACAGGGAAUUUACAGGAAUUGAGCAAACCUAGUUCCUCUGGUUGAACUCUUGAGUGAUGGGAUCAGUCAACCUUCAAGAUAAAUACCUUGCUAAACUCUUUUGAGUAUUGAUUGAUUGGAAUGUAGUGAGUAUCAAUUGCAAAUCAAUGAGAAGUAAAAAAUUAAAUAAAAAAUAAAAAAUAAACAUCUUGCUCGAGAUGGAUGUGCCAUAUGCAAAUGAGUUGUCGCUCCCGGCCAUUGAUUUGGGUAAAUCAAUGGCCGGGAGCCAAAUGUCUCAUUCAUGUGACUUGCUUCAGCAGUCGACUUAAGAUCUUUAUCACACUUCUGACUUAUCGCUGGCUUUAUCAAUCAACACAUUUCCCCCCCCCCAUCUUAAGACAUAAUUCCAAUCAAACCAAAUGAACAGCCCUUUAUCUAUCUGUGAGUGAUGUGUGUGUGAGGAGGAAUACUAUAGCUAGCUGAUCUAGAAACACCAUGGUCUGUUUUCACAGCUUAGUUCGGCCAUUCAGUAGUCUCUCUCUCUCUCUCUCUCCCUUGUCCUCCACCAUUUGGCCAUUCAGUAGUCUCUCUCUCUCUCUCUCUCUCUCUCUCUCUCUCUCCCUUGUCCUCCACCAUUUGGCCAUUCAGUAGUCUCUCUCUCUCUCUCUCUCUCUCUCUCUCUCUCUUUCUCUCUGUCCCUCGUCCUCCACCAUUUGGCCAUUCAGUAGUCUCUCUCUCUCUCUCUCUCUCUCCCUCUCUCUCUCUGUCUGUCCCUCGUCCUCCACCAUUUGCGUCCAGUAGU